AUGUCCAUCAACCGUCGUCAGAGAGUUUCCUUCAGAAGUAAAGCCAGUAUUAUGAGUUUGUUCUUAUGGAAUGCGAUUGUCGUGACGUGUUUUAGCUUACAUAUUUUCGCAAGCUGUUACGCCUAUAACGAGAGCAACUUCCGUGGCGCCGAUCAUGGCCGAUCGUUACUGUUUCCGUCCUCAAGUACUAUCCAGUUGUCGAUCUGCACAAGCUCAGGAGGGCCGCUCUUCACACCGAAGAAAGUAUAUCCGUACAGAAGAUUGGGUGUCAAUCUAGGAUUCCAGGUGAACUAUGCGUUGCCUUAUCGGUUGAAAGACUUUUACAGCUAUCCUACUUGGGCUCGGGCUAUGGUCGAUAUUGUUAAAGGACGCGUUUUACCGACUGAGGUUGUUACUGCCAGGGCUGCUCGAAAACGACGAUCCAACCGACACCUAAGUGCAGGAGAUAUUUAUCAGGCGCUAACCGAAGCAUUGCAAAUUUCUGGUUACGAUGAAGACUGCUUGGUGAAAAGUGUCUGUGAAUUGGCUCAUAGUCCUUUUCACAAUACUGAAGACGAUUUGUAUGCAGAAAUAUUGCAGUUUGUUUUAAGCCCUUCGGAACAUAAAUCGUUUGAGCCACACGAACGCGUUAUGAGGGUUAAAUAUGAAACUGCAGAACGACUGGGAAGAGCGGGAGCUGAUUGCCAUUUUCUGUAUCCAAAGUGUAGGAAUUCGUUUCUUAACGAUAUAAGUAAUUACGUUGAAGAAGGUUAA